UGGAUUCCGGGUUCGCAGUCUGAAGUAUGGCGGCGUCGGAAGAGGUGACGUUUUUCGUUGUAAACAACAUUCCCGCUCUGUUCCGAUCCGCAGAGCUGAGGAACUAUUUCAGUCAGUUUAUCGAGAGUAAAGGGUUUGCGUGUUUCCAUUACCGCCAUCGUCCGGAGCUUCGAGUGCAGAGCGCGGGGUUUACCGCGGUAAGUAGCGGAUCCAGUGAGCGGAGCUCGGAGGGGAAAGCCGCAGGCUCGUGUUGUUGUGUGGUAUCGGUUCGCUCUCGGGAAUCAGGCAGAUUCGUGAAGAUGUACUCGGGGAACCACUGGAUCGACUCUAAAGGAAACUGGCUGAGAAGAAAGUGUUUGAUCCGGAGAGUCAGAGUAUCGGAGCAGGCCGAGCAUAAUUCAUUCCCGUACAAGACGAAGGCCGAGAUGAGACGGCAUGUCGCCCAAUCAGAGCAUUUCACGCUGUCGGACCUCAAGGGCCUGCCGGAGCUCAAUCCGCCCUCGCUCAUGCCGGCGGGGAACGUCGGCACGCCUGUGAGCGUUUUCCUGGAGCUCAUCCAGUCCUGCCGCCUGCCGCCGCGGCUCAUCCGCAAACUGGGGCUCACGUUUCCCAAGACGGGCUCGAGUCGCCGCUACGGGAACGUGCCCUACCUGUAUCACAACACGGCCCUCGUGAGCCGCGCGGAGGAGAGCGUCUUCACCGCCGGAGGAAUCGAGAUCUCGGCACCUGGCCGCCUGGACACGCCCACAAACUCACAGACAAUCGAUAAAGGCACGCCCACAAACUCACAGACAAUAGAUAAGGACACGCCCACAAACUCCCAGACAGUAGAUAAGGACACGCCCACAAACUCACAGACAGUAGAGAAGGACACGCCCACAAACUCACAGACAAUAGAUAAGGACACGCCCACAAACUCACAGACAAUAGAUAAGGACACGCCCACAAACUCACAGACAAUCGAUAAAGGCACGCCCACAAACUCACAGACAAUAGAUAAGGUCACGCCCACAAACUCACAUACAAUAGAUAAGGGCACGCCCACAAACUCCCAGACAAUAGAUAACGCCACGCCCACAAACUCCCAGACAGUAGAUAAGGACACGCCCACAAACUCACAGACAGUAGAUAAGGGCACGCCCACAAACUCACAGACAGUAUAUAAGGACACGCCCACAAACUCACAGACAGUAUAUAAGGGCACGCCCACAAACUCACAGACAGUAGAUAAGGACACGCCCACAAACUCACAGACAGAUGAAGAGGACCCGCCCAGUUCUCCACUUGUCAAUCAAGAGUCACAGGAAGCAGGAAGUGAAGAGGAGCUGUCCGACCCUGAUGAUGACGAUGACCGCUGUGAGGAGUGGGAGCGUCACGAGGCCCUCCACGAGGACGUCACCAGUCAGGAGCGCACUAAAGAGAGGCUGUUUGAGGAGGAGAUCGAGCUCAAGUGGGAGAAGGGCGGAUCGGGCCUCGUCUUCUACACAGACGCUCAGUUCUGGCACGAGGAGGAAGAAGGAGAUUUCGAUGAGCAAACAGCAGACGACUGGGACGUGGAUAUGAGCGUCUACUAUGACAAAGACGGAGGCGAUAUGGACGCCAGAGAUUAUGUGCGCAUGCGGUCUGAGAGGAGGCUGCGGGACGGUCUGGACGGUCUGCCGGGACGCCAGCAGAAAAUCGGCAGCUUUGAGCGCUUUACAAAGGGAGUGGGCCGGCGUGUGAUGGAGAAGCAGGGCUGGAGGGACGGAGAAGGGCUCGGGAACAGCCGGAUGGGAAUCCCAGAGGCGCUGGAGAACGAAGGCCAGCAUCCCAACUGUAAGAGAGGCUUCGGGUAUCAUGGAGAAAAGCUCAGCUCAUUCCUUCCACUUAAAAAACCCAGAAAAGACUUCCACAUCUCCACGGUUUAUGAUGAACCUAAAGACAUGGAUAAAGGCGAUGAAGUGCUGCGGCGUCAACCCAGCACCAGCAUGAAGUACCGCUGAUCACCAGUGAUGUUCACUAUUAAGACUGUCUGUUUAUGAUGUCUGUCUGCU